CCUUUUUCUCUUCCCCCCACCAACCUAACCUCCCCCCCCCUCCUCUGCUCCUCUUUUCCGUUUCGCAUAAUCUGCAUUCAUCCUCACCUAGAUCUUGUUUCGGAUUUUCAAAAACAUGGAGAACCACCAGCAAUCCUUUUAUCAAUUCAGCGAUCAACUCCGUUUGCACACUUCCAACUUCGCCAAUCUCUCGCUCAACGACUCCAUCUGGAGUAAUUCCUAUGAGUUUAAGAGGCCCGAUGAGAGGAGGAAUUUCGAUAUCAGAGUCGGCGGUGAAGUCAAUUCUCUCAACAACUUCAACUCCAAUUCCCCCGAUCUCAAUGCAUUCAACAACGGAUGGAAAUUUGGAGCUGCAAACACUGGGAUUGGGCUUGGUCCUAUCGGACAAGUUAUUGGUGGGAGCUCUGGAAAGACUCCUUCAAUCAAUGGCGGCUUCAACAAGGGGAUUAUCUCCAAACUUUAUCCCGGCAACAACAACAACAACAGCGGCAUCAAUGUUAAUGUGAAAGGAGGUAGGAAUAAGGUAGGAGAUGAUGAUCAUGUAGGUAAAUUUGGGAAGAAGAAUGGAACAAAGAAGAAUGGCGAUCACGAGAGUAAGGAUAACAGUAAGGGUGCUGCGGAUAAGAGGUUUAAGACUCUUCCACCAUCUGAAGCUCUGCCUAGAAAUGAAACCGUCGGUGGCUACAUCUUCGUCUGCAACAAUGAUACCAUGCAGGAAAACCUCAGAAGACAGCUUUUUGGUUUGCCUCCACGUUAUCGUGAUUCAGUUAGGGCGAUAACUCCUGGACUGCCUCUUUUCCUGUAUAACUACUCCACCCACCAACUCCAUGGAAUUUUUGAGGCUGCUGGUUUUGGUGGAACAAAUAUUGAUCCAGCUGCCUGGGAGGACAAAAAAUGCCCUGGGGAGUCGCGCUUCCCUGCUCAGGUAUUUCAUAGGUCUAUUGUGCAAAAUAAUUGUUAUCGUAUGAAUUUGGGUGCAGUAGUCUGACUUUAGAUUUACAGGUG